CGUUUCCGGCAGGAAGAUUCAUCGACGGACCACAAUACUGCAGUCGUGCGAAUGUCAUUCACGCUUUUGUACAAUAAACGAUAAAAAAUGCGUUUUUAUUUCUUAUAAAAUUAUAUCAGUGUCAGAAUGGCAGAACAGGAGCCUGACAGAGACAAUCAGGAAGUGAAGCUGUUGGGGAUUCUGGACGUUGGGAAAACUCCUUGUGCCAGAGAAGCUGUUCUCCAUGGAGCAGGAGGAUCUGCUGUUGCUGGACUAUUGCACUUUUUAACAACUAGCCGAGUGAAGCGCUCAUUCCAUGUUGGCAUGGCUGGGUUCAUGCUCACUACACUGACCUCAUGGUUCUACUGUCGGUAUAAUAACGCUAGACUGCGCGUACAGCAGAGGAUGAUUCAGGAGGGACUGAAGAAUAAAGUGCUUUAUGAAGGGACGCAUCAUGAUCCGACACGGAAAGAGAGAACAGUGACGACGCAGGAUUGAUUUCUACAACUGUAAUAUUGCUUUUUGUGUAAAAUAUAUCUGGAAAUAUAAUAAUACGAACACAA